UGCUAAUAAAAGUACCACUGCAUAGAGUAUUGUAAUGUUGAUCCUAACUAAUCGGGGAUAGUUAAUAAUGUAAUUUAUUGGUGCAUUACUAAUACACUAGAUGACGAAAUCAUUUAACGUUUCAAAAAAAUCACGUUUGAUCGGAUACUCCUCGAUUUAAAAAAUCUGGAAAUCAAUUUAAAAUUUCUCGUUCUUCACUGCAGUACAAAUAAAUCAUGGUGUUAACUGUAGAUCUUCUCAAUCCAACUCCUGAAUGCGAAAAGCGCCAGCACAAACUUAAGAGACUUGUGCAAAGUCCAAACUCUUAUUUCAUGGACGUAAAAUGUCCAGGUUGUUUUAGUAUCACAACCGUAUUUAGUCAUGCUCAGACUGUCGUGCUGUGUGGUUCUUGUGCCAAUGUAUUAUGCCAACCAACUGGUGGUCGUGCUCGUCUAACUGAGGGUUGUUCUUUUCGAAGAAAAAUAGGUUAAAAAUCAUCGGUUUCCAUUAAUAAUAGUAAAAAAUGUAUAAAAACCAAAAAUUAUUAUCUUGAUAUUUUUUUUAUUAUAUUUCUAAUAAAAAAUUUAUGGUUUCUUUGUAACGAAAUAAACCAUUAACUUGCGAC